AGUGUGGAGCUUAGUGACAGUCUGCCAUGUUGUCUGCUGCGACAUUCACACUCCUCCUGGGUGGGGCCGCUUCCCUGUACCCACCAAGUCCCUCCUCGACCCCCAGCUGACGGACGACCCUGAGAUCUACAUGAACGCUACGGAGCUGAUCACCAGCAAGGGCUUCCGUGUGUGAGAACCAUUACGUCACGACAGAGGACGGCUUCAUCCUCAACAUGCAGCGGAUCCCCCACGGCAGAGGGAACGACACCACGGGGACAGUCAGACCGGCGGUGAUGCUGCAGCAUGGCCUUCUGGGAAGUGCCACUAACUUCCUUGACAAUCUUGCCAACCAGAGCCUCGCUUACAUCCUGGCCGACGCAGGCGCAGACGUGUGGCUUGGCAACGUGCGAAACGUUUACUCGCGUGCUCACAAGACGCUGAAACCAUCGGACAACAAGUUCUGGGAAUGGAGUUACGACGAGAUGGCGAAGUACGACCUGCCCGCCAUGAUUGACUACAUCGUACGGACGACCGGGCAGCCCCAGAUCCACUAUGUCGUCGGUCACUCUCAGGGGACACUCAUCGGCUUCGCGGGCUUCAGUCAGAACAAGACCCUGGGUCAGCUGGUCAAGACCUUCAUCGCUCUGGCCCCAGUAGCGACAGUGGGACACAUCAAGAGCCCCAUCAGACUCUUGGCACCGAUCUCCAAGGAAAUUGGGGCUGUUUUCGAGCUGUUUGGACAUGGCGAGUUUCUACCCAGCACUGAAAUUACCACAUGGUUGGCGAAGGGUGUCUGUACCGAUAUUCCCCUGAUCUGUGAGAAUGUCUUGUUUGUGCUUGGCGGGUACGACUUCAAGGCGCUCAACACGGUAAUAGCUAUGCGUUAUACGACGGGUAGCCAGCCAGCCACUGACCCCAUGUACCCUGUGUCUACAGUCCGGGUCCCUGUGUACAUAGCCCACAACCCUGCUGGCACCUCGGUACAGAACAUGGUGCACUUCGCCCAGGGUGUCAAUACAGACAAGUUCAUGAUGUUUGACUUUGGAUCGGCAGCUGCCAACAUGGAACACUAUGGACAGUCGACCCCGCCUCUCUACCACCCAGAACAGAUGGAAGUUCCGGUCGUGCUGUUCAGUGGCGAUAAGGACUUCCUGGCUGACCCGAAUGACGUCACAUGGCUCCGAUCCAAGCUGACGAGAACCGUAGCAGAUCACGUGAUACCUCACUGGGAACACCUGGACUUUAUAUGGGCAGUGGACGCACCAACCCUUUGUUAUGAAGGCAUUAAGCGCCUCGUGUUCAAUUAAAAGCAGAAUGAGUUUCAAUCUACUGAAA